AUGCAGCUUCUCCGUAUGGCCCGGUCAACGCCUUACUACAAGCGCAAUCAGCCUCACAAGUGCUCCUUCUACGCCAAGGGAGAGUGCAACCGAGGCGCCAAGUGCCCUUUCCUGCACGAGAUGCCAACCGACAGGGCGGACCCCCUGGCCCACCAGAACAUCCGCGACCGGUUCUACGGCCAAGACGACCCCGUCGCGGCCAAGAUGAUGGCCAGGCAGGACGACCUCCCGAAGCUGGAGCCCCCCGAGGACGAGGGGAUCAGCAGCCUCUGGCUCGGCAACAUGGCCGACUACAUCACGCCGGAGGAUCUUCGCGACGCUUUCUAUAGCUUCGGGGAGCUCCGGUCCAUCCGCAUUGUGCCGGGCAAGGACUUCGCCUUUGUACAGUUCACCACCAGGCAGGCGGCAGAGGCGGCAGCUGAACAGCUCUACAAGUGCCUGGUAAUCAAGGGCAGGCUGCUGAGGUUGAACUGGGCCACUCGCUCAGAGGAAUCGGGGACGUCGGGCUUCAACGGCCCUGAAGGCGGCGGCCGCCGCAGGAUCGAAAGCGGCAGCAGCAAGGCGAAGGAGGGUGGGCAGCAGCGGCAAGCUGCAGGCGAGGCGGGCGGCGUCGAUGCCGGGGAGAGGUCGAAAGCAGGAGGCGCGGCGGGGGCGGAGGCGGAGAAGAAGGCGGAGGUGGCACCGUACCAGCCGGUCCCGCUGCCGCCGGUGCCAGGGCUGCCCCCGGGCGCCCCCGUCGCCCCCGUCCCGCACAUGCCGCCCAUGCCGCAGCUACAGGGGUACAGGCCGCCGCCGCCGUCCGCCUACCCGCAGCAGCAGCAGCCCGCGGUAGCACCGGCAGGACGGGGGCAGUACGCCCCGCCCCCGGGCCCCCGACUGCCGACGUACAACAACAACGGCGUCUCCGCCGGCCAACAUCACCACACCCGAGGCCCCCCGAUCCCUUCGUACGGCCCGGUGAGGGGCGGCGGCGGGGGCAGUUACGGCGGCGGCGGGAGGCGGGGUCCCCCGCCCGGUCCUCCGCCGGGGCCGCCCCCCGGCCCCCCUCCGGCGCCGUACUAUGCUUCUAUGGAUCCGCACCGCUUGGGUGCGCAACCCACAAGGCCACUGCUGCCGACGCCGCCGCCUGCAGCCGCCCCGGGGGUCGCGUCAAAAAGCAGUUAGAAAAAAAGCAAAUGAUAUGAGGGUGUGAUUUGUUUACGGUGGCGGCUGGAUCUGGGUUGGGUUUGGCAAGUACGGCCAUCGUCACCCACCCCUUGGUCAACGAUCAUUUCUCCGUUGGGAGAAGGUAGGCGGGGGACACGUAAAAGAAAGGCUUUUGUGGCCGUAGUCAGCGAGUUGCUUCAGUAGCUGGGUUCUUUGAUUCCAGGUGGUACAGGGUUGUACCAACUCAAGAAUCUGUUUCAGUUGUCUCUGCCGCCGUUGCCUCGACCUCUGUGAAGUGCGUUUGUUAUGCGUACACCACCCGAAGCACCAUGAGUGGUUAUUGGUUGAAAUGUGUGCCAGUCAAAUUUCAAGCUAACGCAGAGGGGACACCCCGCGUUCUUUCGAUCGGCAGCCACUGCUUUCGUCUGUCCGCGGGGAGUAGGCUAGCGAAACACCUUUGUGUAGCAGGGCACACUGGACGCCGAGAAUGAAACGAGUCGAGGAGGUUGUGAGUAGAUCGUGUCUACACACCACGCUUGACGAUUUUUGCAGUGUACUGUAGUUCCGUUGCCCGACACGUCUUUCGGGCGCGCGGGACGGCCCAUCAGUCGCUACGAGCAGCACUUGGCGACAAUUGUAGGUGUUUCCCGGUGUACUGGUCCGGUGAGAACACGGCGUGCUCCGUCCCGGCGUCUCAGGGAUGCGAGAGAUCAUUGGUGCUUCUGUACGUAUAGCAGUAUCUCUCAACGGCGUAGUACACCCGACACAAUUAAAUGUCCAACCU